AUGGCUAUCACCAAGUACAAGGCUGCCGCUGUCACCUCCGAGCCUGGAUGGUUCGACCUCGAGGGCGGUGUUCGCAAGACCAUCGACUUCAUCAACGAAGCCGGUCAAGCAGGCUGCAAGUUCGUCGCCUUCCCUGAAGUUUGGAUCCCCGGUUAUCCUUACUGGAUGUGGAAGGUCACCUACCUCCAAUCCCUCCCCAUGCUCAAGCGAUACCGCGAGAACUCUAUGGCCGUCGACUCCGAGGAGAUGCGCCGUAUCCGACGUUCCGCUCGGGAUAACCAGAUCUACGUCUCUCUCGGUUUCUCUGAGAUCGACCACGCCACUCUCUACCUCUCUCAGGUCCUCAUCGGUCCUGAUGGCAAUGUUAUCAACCACCGUCGCAAGAUCAAGCCUACUCAUGUCGAGAAGCUUGUCUACGGUGAUGGCUCUGGUGACACCUUCAUGUCCGUCAGCGAGACUGACAUCGGCCGUGUCGGUCAGCUGAACUGCUGGGAGAACAUGAACCCUUUUCUCAAGUCUCUCAACGUCUCUGCUGGUGAGCAGGUCCAUGUUGCUGCUUGGCCUGUCUACCCUGGCAAGGAGCGUCAGGUUCACCCUGACCCUGCUACCAACUACGCCGACCCUGCUUCCGACCUCGUUACUCCCGAGUACGCCAUUGAGACUGGUACUUGGACUCUUGCUCCCUUCCAGCGUCUCUCUGUUGAGGGUCUCAAGAUUAACACUCCCGAGGGUGUCGAGCCUGAGACUGACCCCUCCGUUUACAACGGCCAUGCUCGUAUCUACCGACCUGAUGGAAGCUUGGUCGUCAAGCCUGAGAAGGACUUCGAUGGUCUUCUCUUUGUCGACAUUGACCUCAACGAGUGCCACCUUACUAAGGUCUUGGCUGACUUUGCCGGUCACUACAUGCGACCUGACCUGAUCCGACUUCUGGUUGACACUCGUCGCAAGGAGCUCAUCACCGAGGCUGAUCCCAACGGCUCCAUCGCUCACUACACCACUCGCCAGCGUCUUGGAUUGGAUAAGCCUCUCGAGAAGAAGGAGGCUGAGGAUACACCUGAUGUGAUCUAA